CCACAGCGCCGCUGCAACAGGUUCUUUCCCUAUCUCUUCUCUUCCUCCCUCAUUCUUUCCUUUCAUCCUUCCUUUUUUACCUCCUUCUUCUUCUUCUUCUUCUUCGUUUUCACCCACCUGCUGCUCCGCUCCGGUGACGGAGAAUUAAUCGGCGGUCGAACCGCAAACCCGACGGUUUACGGUUUGGAGAGGAGAAAUGAGGAACUGUUCAAAACCGGUUCGGUUCUAUUCCACCGGAACCACCGGUUUGAACCGGAGGACCGGAGUUUGGAACCGCCGGUUCGAAACCGACUGGAAGUAGUCGAAGACAAAGGGCUGCCCGAAUUGUGCCUUUUUUAAGUGUUUUUAUAGCAGCGGCACCUUUUAUUUUUUAUUUUUUAUUUUCUUUAUUUUUAUCGGUGAAAAAAAUUAAGGUGCAAUUGCUAAGUCGGAGGCGGGGGAUUUUGGGUUUUCUCAGCGAGGGAUUUCGAAUUUUGUUGGGAAUUUGGGGCGAAGUGGAUUUUGCAAUCGAUGAAGUUCCUGGCUUCAAUUUGGUAGACGAGCCACACAAUCCUGUUGCACGCAUAGGAUCAAAACCUUUUGAUUUGUAUACCUGAAUGUUAUGCCAUGAAUUCGACUGAUGGGAUGGAGUUUUGAGUGAUUCUCUGAUUGCAAGUUUGCAGUGAGUUGGAUGUUUAUGUUGCCUCAAUAUUGAUUUGAAAUAGUGUGAAGUGGUUUUGUGUGGAUGGAGUGUAACAGAGAUGAGGGGUUGAGAGCAAAAGAAAUUGCUGAAAGAAAAUUUCUAGCAAAGGACAUCAAGGGGGCGAGGAAAUUUGCUCUCAAGGCGCAGAAUUUGUAUCCCGAGCUAGAGGGUAUUUCUCAAAUGGUGGCGACUUUUGAUGUGUAUAUGUGUGCUGAAGAGGAUAAACCAAAUGGAGAAUCAAAUUGGUACGGUGUGCUCGGUGUGACUCCUUUAGCAGAUGAGGAGACUAUAAGGAAACAAUACAGGAAACUGGCUCUCCUGCUCCAUCCUGAUAAAAAUAGAUCUGUUGGGGCUGAAGGGGCAUUUAAACUCGUCUCGCAAGCAUGGAGUUUACUGUCUGAUAAGUCCAAGAGAAUAGCGUACGACAAGAGAUGUACAAAGAAGAAUAAGGCGAAGACUGGGGCUCCUUCUCAACAGCCACAACCGUCAGCACAGAGUGGAUUCUAUGAUUUUGCAAACUCUGCAGCUUCACACAUGAAGACUACGAAGAGUAGUAGUAAGAAGAAUUCUUCCUCUGGUGCCCAUUCGUUGCGUAGGAAGGAGCGAAGUACUUUCUGGACGGUAUGUCAUUGGUGCAAGAUGCAAUAUGAAUACCUCAGAGUGUAUCUUAAUCACAAUCUUCUCUGCCCUAAUUGCAAGGAGGCCUACUUUGCUAUUGAAAUUAAUCCUCCAUCAACUAAAGGUACAAAGGUAUCAACCGAGUUGAAAAAUUCUCAGCAAUGGAAGAAUUUGAGCAAGGGAUUUGAUGCUAAGAGAAACACGGCUGCUCAACAAGGAACUUCUGGGGUGAGUCAUUCCAAUGGGUCCAAUGCUAAUGACUUCCAGUGGGUUCCUUUCUCCGAAUCAAAUGGCACCAGAUCUGCUGCUCAAGCUGCAAAUAUGGUUCAGCAGGCGUAUGAGAAAAUUAAGCGAGAAAGGAUUAAAGCACAUGCUGCUGCGAAAAAAGAGGCAGCAUUACAAAAGAAAACUCACGGAUACAAAAGACCACAGGGUGCAGAAUCAUCGGGGCAGUGCAAUGUUGCCAAGAAAAGAAGAGGGAUUGAUGAUUGUGGAACGAACAAAGAGUCCGUGAGUCAGGUGAACUGUAAAAGUGGAACUCAUCACUCUGAUCUUAAACAUGAUCGCCUGCAGAAGUGUACGAGCAUGCAUGAUGGUGUAUGUCAUGUUGAUUUUAAACAGUUGUUAAUGGUUAAAGCUUGUGAUGAAAUAUUUAAGAAUCUGAAUGAUAGCACUUCAACUACUGUAAAAAAGAACGAAGCUUCUGAGAAGGUAUGUAAAAAUAUCAAAGAAAAUGAAAUGGUAGAUGUGAAAGAUGGAAGUACUGAGCAUGGUCCUCCGAGUAAGCUUGAUGAUGGGUCUUCAGGCUGUUGGCGAGACACAAAGGGGGUCACAGAAAUGCCAGUAAAUGUCUUAGGUAGUGAUUUCUACAACUUCGAUAAGGACAGGACAGAAGAAUGUAUCAGGGACAACGAUGUCUGGGCUGUAUAUGAUGGUGAUGAUGGGAUGCCGCGACUCUACGCCUUGAUUCACAAUGUAAUAUCUCUGCAUCCCUUUAAAGUGAAGAUGAGUUGGCUUCAUUCUCUAACACACUCCGGGCUGGGACAUGUAAAUUGGUUCUUAAAUGGUUUUUCAAAGACAUGCGGGGAAUUUGGAAUUGGCAGGCCUGAAAUAUUUGACUCGGUGGACUCAUUCUCACACCGUGUUAGAUGUACGAAACGCACCUCGAAGACCUUUCAAAUAUUUCCAAAGAAAGGGGAUGUCUGGGCUUUGUACCGAAAUUGGUCGCCUGAGUGGAAUGAACUCACCGAAGAUGAAGCAAUACAUGAAUACGACUUUGUUGAAGUACUGGAAGACUACGACGAAGAGUUGGGGGUAAUCGUAGUUCCCCUGGUUAAAGUUGCUGGCUUCAAAGCAGUUUUUCAUCAACACAUGGAUUCAUCGGAAAUAAAAAGAAUUCCAAAUCAAGAACUAUCCCGCUUCUCCCAUCAGGUGCCAUCCCGCCUCCUCACUGAUCAAGACCGACUGAGAUCUGCCAGGGGUUAUCGUGAGCUAGAUUCGGCAGCCAUUCCUCCAGAAAUCCUUCAAGCAAUGUCAGACGUCAAAGGAAUUGAAUUCACGGAGUCUGAUGAUGAUGAUGGUGUUGAGUUUGUGAAAGCAGUUGAUGGCAAUGGAAACACCACCACCGAACAGGCCGGAGUUUCUGAGUCAGGAGAAGUGGAAAAAAAUUAACUUUAAGAUGAAUUCAGGAAGGCGUGUUGACGGUAAAAAUUUUGUCCGGAGAUGGAUCAAGAACAUAUACGAGGAUGACAGAAAGGAUGAACAGGCACCCGAAGAAUGAUUUAAAACGGUCCAUCCAGAAGUUCUCUUCUUGUGGCAUCGGCGUGGAAGCGAACAGAAUACUGAUCUCGCCAUUCUGCCCUCGCACCAUCGGAUAAAAGCUAGCUAGCGAUCUUCGGCCGCCACCAGAGACUACACAGUUAUUCAGGUUAGUGAACAGCCUUUUGAUUUAACUAAUAUAACAUAUACUGCCUGCCUGUAUUUUACUGUCUUUGUAUCAAGUCAACAACAACAACAACAUUGCUUGAACUUGUAUCUCCUCUGAUUAUCAUAUGUUCGAAAUGUUUUGUCGUUGCCACCGAUCUUCUCCGAAGAUUAGGGUGACGACAUCUGUGUUGUUUUGUUUAUCUCUGUGUCUUUGGAUUUGAUCUAUUUGUGUUCCUUUUGUCCUGUUUUUACUGAAACAAGAAUGGGGAUAGGAUUAAAUGCAUUUGUUGGCAUGUUGUUGAUUA